AUGAACCCCAGCCCCGCCGCCGAGGGAUUGCCGGCUGUACAGUUUUCAGGUACUGCUACAGUCCUGGUGGAGAUCACAGCGGACAUCCACAUCUGUGGACUCUGUAAGACUCAGUUCAGUAAUCUGGAUGCUUUCGUGACCCACAAGCAGAGCGGCUGCCAGCUCACCAAUGCUGCCACCGGAGCCACGAGUACCGUCCAGUUUGUGUCAGGAGAAGCGGUGACACCAUCACAGACUGUGGCUCGCACCAUCACUUCGGAGACUCAGACCAUCACCGUCUCUGCUCCGGAAUUUGUUUUUGAACAUGGCUAUCAAACCUUUCUGCCUAGUGACAGCUCCAUGAUGCCGUCUAUUGGUGGGGCCACUAUCACUACGAAAGUCGAUCCAAAAAACUAUCUGCUGCCUCCCCUCAGAAGAAACAGAGCUGCACCUAUCCAGGAUGUCCGUUCAAGACUGCUUAUGGCAUGAAAGACAUGGAACGCCACAUGAGGACCCACACAGGUGAUAAGCCGCACAGAUGUGACACUUGUGGAAAGUGUUUCAGCCGGAAGGACAAGCUAAAGACGCACAUCCGCUCACAUACGGGAGAAAAGCCGUACAAGUGUAAAGAAUGCGACUAUAGUGCAGCAGACAGCAGCAGCCUCUGCAAACACAUGCGCAUUCACACAGAUGAGCGCCCCUUCAAAUGCCAGAUCUGCCCAUACGCCAGCCGGAACUCCAGUCAGCUGACCGUUCAUCUCCGUUCACACACAGGUGAUGCCCCCUUCCAAUGCAUGCUCUGCAGCUCCAAGUUUAAAAUCAACUCGGACUUGAGAAGACACAUGCGCGUUCACACGGGGGAGCUACCCGUGAAGUGCUUGGAAUGCAGCUACUCCUGCGCCAACCGGGCGGCGCUCAAAGUCCACGAGCGCAUUCACUCCCAGGACCGGCCUUUCAAAUGCCACCUGUGCCAAUUUGACACUAAACAGCGCAGCAACCUGACCACGCACAUUAAAAAAGUUCACAGCGACGAGGUGAACUGCAAGUUUGACGCUCAGAAAGCCGAUGGGAACUUGGCCAGGCAGUACGGAUCUCGGAAAAGUAACAAAGUGGACGCAAAGAAAACUUUCAAGUGUGACCUCUGUGAGGCCUCGUUUGUUAGGGAGGACUCCUUACGGAGUCAUAAGAGACAGCACAACGAGAUCAUGUUUCAAAAAGCCCAAGAACUAUCCAUUUUACAGCUUUCUGUUGACCAAUCUAGAGAAAGUGACGCUGACAAAUCUGGCAAAGAUGACACUGUCGCAGCUUUUAUUGUAGGAAAGAUGAAAGUGGAUGACGGGGAAGAUCGUUGUGGGGCUUCCUUGACGAAUGCAGACCCCUCUAGUGAAGAAAGGAAUGGACAAGAGUCCAUGGCCACCGACCAGCUCCAUAUGUUAAGUCACGUCAAUUUAAUGGCCUCGCCUCAGUCUUUAGGGUCACAGGUCAUUGUUUGUGAGACGGUUGUCCCCGGUUCUCCGACACAGGACAGUGAGGACUCCAUACAGGAGGUGCUUAUAGAAAAUGGGGAAGAAAGCGACCCAGAAUCCCCGGAGAACCCAACCUUUAUCUCUGAGUCAGGUAUGAGCUGUUCUGACCUUGAUGGUCUCAAUGCCUUAAUCCAAGAGGAGACCACAGUAGUGAUUGUGGACAGUGAAGGUGGAGAUCAUCCUGGAGCCUCGUCCCCUAUUUAUAGCACAUCCCCCCAAGCUGAUUCUCCAAAGGAAAGCUACACUAUGGAAGACGGUGAUACCAGCUCCGAGCUGCUGUGCCCUGCAGACGCCAUACCAGACUGA